AUGGAUAAAUGUGAAUUUGCAAGUUGCGAAAUAAAGUUUCUAGGCCAUUUGGUUAGUGAAAACCAAGUGCAUAUGGAGCCAAAGAAGGUGCAAGCAAUAGUUGAUUGGCAAGCACCAAGCGGGGUAAAGAAACUAAGAUCAUUUUUUGGCUUGGCAAAUUAUUACCGGAAGUUUAUUGCAGGCUAUUUAAAAAGGGCUACUCCUUUGACAGAUUUGCUGAAAAGGAAUGUCAAAUGGGUUUGGUCGGAUUCGUGUGGCAAGGCUUUCUAUGCAUUGAAGAAGGCCAUUGCAUCCGAACCAAUCUUGAAGCUGCCAGAUUUUGACUUGCCAUUUAAAUUACACACUGAUGCUUCAGAUUAUACUGUUGGCGGUGUGCUGGUCCAGGAGGAUCAUCCGGUGCACAAACCUGGAAGAGAAAAUCAGGUUGUCGAUGCACUUAGCCGCAAAGAGGUAUUUCCUGCAAGUUAUGCACUUACUCGAAUUGAAUCUGAUUUUCUAGAUACAAUCAAGUUAUGUGCUGUGAACAAUCCAUAG